GCCUACAGAUAGGCGCAUAUUUUCAUGCUGGGAUAAUGCAACUUUCUUUGGACAUAUGGAGCUACCUGGAAAGGUUGGCUACCUAUUCGCUGAUAUCUCCUACUACUGGCGCUGACGUGACACGUACUCACGGACUGCAGCCGACGAUUGUUUAUCAACGCAAUCUUUGGGCAUCUCAUUACGAGAUAUGAGACUCUGGCACAUAGACGUCAAUUUAUACUUCAUCAACGAAAGUUGGUUUAUAUAGACCACCCACCAUAACUACGUGAACAUACGUGAAUUUCUUUUCUUCAUUGGCUCGAAAGAUUCAUUACAAUAAUCUAGCUGGAAACCAAGCAACAAAUAAAGUCAAUAUGAGUGACACACAAGGAAACCAGCGAAGGUGGUACGACUGUCUUCCAUCUUCCUGGGUCCCCUAUAUGGAAAUGUGCCAUAUCAGUACACCAGCACCCAUAUUUCUCAUAUACUUCCCUCAUAUUUACGGUGCUAUCUGUGCGGCAGCCAUCGAGUAUCAGCCCCUAUCUAAGACGCUAUACACAUGUGCUGUUCUUCUUGGGGGCACAGUAUUCUUUUCCAACGCAGCCCAUGCUUGGAACGAUAUCAUCGACGCUCCAAUAGACAGAUUGAUACCUCGCACGGCAAAUCGACCAAUUCCUCGUGGAGCAAUACGGCCUCGGGAUGCAUUUACCUUUGCAGGGAUAAAUGCAGUUGGUGCAGCGGCCUUCUUGUUACUCCUGCCGAGAGAAACGGCUUUAUGUACGGUGCCUACGAUCGUGGGAACCUUAUACUAUCCCUGGGCAAAGCGCCAUACAUACUUUGCCCAAGUGGUGUUGGGAUACUGUCUGUCUUGGGGAUGCAUGGUUGGUGCAUCUGCUAUGGAUAUGAGUAAGCCUUGGACUGAUAAUUCUGUCUUGUGUAUAUUUCUGGCCUGCAUUCUUUGGACAGUCAUAUACGAUACGAUAUACAGUCACAUGGAUCUUCAAGAGGAUAUUAGGGUGGGAGUCAAAAGUAUGGCAGUCCUCUUACAAAAUGGGACUAAAGCGGUUUUAUGGAUUCUACUCGGCUGUAUGCUAGUAUUGCUUGUCGUCGCUGGCGUUUCGUCGGAUAUGAGCAUCCAAUAUGUUGCAAUCGCAGUGGGUGGAUGCCUGACCUCUCAAGCACUUAUGAUAUAUAUGGUCGAUCUUACGGUUCCGGAAAGUUGUUGGUGGUGGUUUGCAAACGGCUUUUGGAUUACUGGGACGUCCGUCGCAUUCAGCCUGCUCUACGAGUAUCUGCUUCGAUUAUCUCAAGGAUGAGGUGACGCAGU